UGGGGUGAUGUAGAUUGUACACCAAUCGUUUCCGAGUUGCUUCUCUUUCUCAUUCCCUUCUUUCACUCGUCUAUAAAACACCCACCAAUUUGGGCUUUUUCUCUUCAAUUCAACGGAUUCAUGGCUUCCAUUAACAUGUCUUCUGCAUCCACAUCUCUUCUACGCUCAAAGAUGAUCACAAAUGUCAGCUCGUAUAACGGUCAUCACUUUGUAAAUCUGUUUUCAUCCAACGGGUAUACAUCAGAGGCGUUUCUCCAUCUCACUACUCGAUCAUGCUCCAAAAGUAAAGGUGAUGGAAGGUUCAGAGCUUCAUUAGAUAGUAGUUAUCCUGUUAAUCAAAAAGGGAUUAACGGUGUUGACAAAAAUGGCGUUAGUAUAUCAUCUGGGAUUAUGACACAGCCUGAUUCAAUAGCGUUGAAUGCACUAGCAGCUGAAACAACGCCUAGCGUGAACGGGUUUUCAUCUGGUGCUGAUGAAUACGGUUUGGAUCAGCCAACUACGGGCUUCUCGUCCAUUCCAGAGGCCAUUGAAGAUAUACGCCAGGGAAAGAUGGUAGUGGUUGUUGAUGAUGAAGACAGAGAAAAUGAAGGAGAUUUGAUAAUGGCAGCAUCGUGUGUUACUCCAGAGGCUAUGGCUUUUAUCGUUAAACAUGGAACUGGGAUAGUUUGUGUAAGCAUGAAAGACGAAGAUUUGGAUCGACUGGAACUUCCUUUAAUGGUUACUCAUAAAGAUAACGCAGACAAGAUGUGUACAGCCUUCACAGUAUCAGUGGAUGCAAAACACGGUACAACUACGGGGGUGUCAGCACGUGAUAGGGCGGUAACUAUAAAAGCUUUAGCUUCCAAAGACUCACAGCCUGCAGAUUUCAACCGCCCAGGACACAUAUUUCCAUUGAAAUACAGGGAAGGUGGUGUUUUAAAACGAGCGGGUCAUACGGAAGCGUCAGUUGACCUAGCUGUGUUAGCUGGGUUUGACCCUGUAGCCGUCUUAUGUGAGAUUGUGGACGAUGAUGGUUCCAUGGCUAGAUUGCCGAAGCUGCUAGAGUUUGUCAAAAGGGAAAAUUUAAAGAUCAUAUCUAUAGCUGAUUUGAUCAGGUAUAGAAGGAAGACGGAUAUGCUAGUGGAACGUGCUUCUGCUGCACGUAUACCCACUACAUGGGGCCCGUUUGUUGCUUACUGUUAUAGAUCCGUCUUAGAUGGAAUCGAACAUAUCGCUAUGGUCAAGGGUGACAUUGGUGAUGGGAAGGACAUUCUUGUUAGGGUACAUUCAGAAUGCUUAACGGGUGACAUAUUCGGGUCUGCAAGAUGUGAUUGUGGUAACCAAUUGGCCCUUGCAAUGCAACAAAUAGAAGAGGCGGGCAGGGGCGUUUUGGUCUAUCUCAGAGGCCAUGAGGGAAGGGGUAUCGGGUUAGGUCACAAACUUCGCGCUUAUAACUUGCAAGAUGAUGGACGUGAUACAGUUGAAGCUAAUGAGGAGCUCGGUUUGCCCGUUGAUUCCAGGGAGUACGGUAUCGGUGCACAGAUUUUAAGAGAUUUAGGAGUGAGUACAAUGAAGUUGAUGACAAACAACCCUGCUAAGUACAUUGGGCUCAAGGGCUAUGGUUUGGAAGUUGCAGGCAGAGUUCCCCUUGUGACUCCAAUUACAAAGCACAACAAACGAUAUCUCGAGACCAAACGGGCCAAGAUGGGCCACGUUUAUGGCUCUGAGAACAACGGUGUUCCAACCCUUAUAACCCAAAAUGACAAACCAACUUCCCAAAACCCGAGUGUAUAAGUCGGGUUCAUCUAUUUGAUUGACUCAUUCUUUACUUACCCUCAUCUCGAGUUUAGAAACCUAAACGGCAAAAUUCAUUCUUUGAAACCUGUUUGUAAUACAUGUUAAUGAAUGGAAGAUGUUGCAAGUUCCAUCUUUGUGUGUGUUAGCAUUGGAUUUCCUUAAGAAAAAGUCGAUUCAGGGACAUGAGACACAUUCGGUCAAUUACUUUAAAA